GCCAUAAAAACACUGCAGCAACUGGCCCAAGACUCUGCGUGCGAGUUCCCCCUAUGCUUAAAAAUUUUGAAGCUGGAAACUUAUGCAGAUGAUAUAUUUUCAGGAGCACAUGAUCUAUAAACUGCCCAGAACUCUUUGUCCCAACUUAUCAAAGCUUUGAAAUCAGCAGGAUUUCCUCUUAAGAAGAUCACUGCAAAUAAUGCCGAACUAUUAGAAAAGGUACCCAAAACCGAUAUCUUAGAUUCACAGUUCCUCAAAUUAGAAGAUCACAGCACGACAAAGACGUUAGGAAUUCAUUGGAACGCAGUGUCCGACUCCUUUUCCUAUACGUUCAACUUACCCUCAAUCUCACACUCAGCCACAAAGCGACAGAUACUCUCAGCAGUUGCCAAACUGUUUGACCAGGCAGGAUGGCUAUCGCCUAUAAUGAUUAGAGCGAAAAUCCUCCUGCAAACGCUAUGGAAAGAAGGAACAGACUGGGAUGAAUGUGCCAAACCCAAUUCCGUUCAUGUUUGGUGCAGAUUUGUAGAAAAUCUAUCCGAAGUUGGAAAAAUAGAAGUUCCCCGUUGGAUAGGAUUCUCACCCACUUAUAACAUUCAAACUCAUGGAUUUUGCGAUGCGUCACAAGAGGCGUAUUGUGCAUGUCUGUACAUUCGCUGCCAACAAGAUAUAAACCCCGCUACAACCCGCCUACUUGUAGCGAAAGGCAAGGUAGCUCCACUACAGACAAUAAGUCUCCCUCGUCUGGAAUUAUGCGGAGCCGUACUCCUUUCCAAACUCUUAAACCAGGUACGGUCCCAAUUAGAUCUACAAAAAGCCAGCGUAUACUUAUGGUGCGACUCGUCCAUCGUGCUUGCUUGGCUUGAAAAACCCCCAUACGUAUGGAAAACUUACGUUGCUAACCGUAUUUCCGAAAUCCUCAAGAACGUAGGAAAUUCAACUUGGCGACAUGUAAGGAGCAACGACAACCCCGCUGACUUAGGCACCCGUGGCUGCAAGCCGCAAGAAUUAGUCUCUCACUCACUAUGGUGGCAUGGCCCGGAAUGGCUGUGCACUCCCCCCAAUAGUUGGCCAAGCUCACAACCUCAGAAAACUCAACCCCCAGAUCAAAGAACUAUCAAGGCUUUCCAUAUGAUAGAAAAGAAAGAUGUUAUCGAUGGUUUCUCUUCCUUCGCAAGGGUCUUACGUAUCAUAGGCUACGUAUUCCGUUUCUUCCAUAAAUGUAAGAAAAUCUCUCAAGACGCGGGUCCAUUAACACAACACGAAAUAAAUAACACCAAAACUCGACUCAUUAUUUUAGCCCAAAAAAGGUAUUUUGAAGAUGAAUACUCC